AUGAAUGGGGGCUUUUCCCAGUAUCCUGUCUUUCCCGGGCACGAGAUUGUGGGUGAAGUAACGGAAGUGGGUAGCAAGGUAAAAAAGUUCAAAGUUGGAGAUAAAGUUGGAGUGGGGUGCAUGGUUGGAUCAUGUCACUCGUGUGACAACUGCGCCAAUGAUCUUGAAAAUUAUUGUCCCAAAUUCAUCCUUACUUAUAAUUCCAUCUACUAUGAUGGAACUCCGACAUAUGGAGGUUACUCUGAUAUUUUAGUUGUUAAUGAGCACUUUGUGGUUCGUUGGCCUGAAAAUCUGCCUCUUGAUGCUGGUGCUCCCCUUCUUUGUGCUGGAAUCACAACUUAUAGCGCCUUGAAAUAUUAUGGACUUGACAAGCCUGGAAUGCAUGUGGGUGUAGUGGGUUUAGGUGGAUUGGGACACGUAGGUGUGAAGUUUGCAAAGGCUUUGGGGGUCAAGGUGGCAGUCAUUAGUACAUCCCCAAGCAAGAAAGAGGAGGCCAGUGAACAUUUUGGUGCUGAUUCAUUUUUGGUCAGCCGUGAUCCAGAUCAGAUGCAGGCUGCUAUGGGUACAAUGGAUGGUAUCAUCGACACAGUCUCUGCAGUUCAUCCUCUCCUGCCAUUGCUCGGUCUGUUGAAAUCUAAUGGGAAGCUGGUUGUGGUUAAGUACUUGCAUUUUUUGUACAUCAUAUUAUUCAUGUUCUAUGGUUUUCUAUCUAAUCCUUCCUACUCUACAUUGGUUUAUGGUGUAACAGAGAGAAAGUUAGUGGCUGGAAGUGGCAUUGGGGGGAUGAAGGAGACCCAAGAAAUGAUUGAUUUUGCAGCUGAACACAACAUAACAGUGGACAUUGAGGUUAUUCCAAUGGACUAUGUGAACACUGCUAUGGAGCGUCUUGUGAAAGCUGAUGUUAGAUAUCAAUUCGGGAUUGACGUUGGGAACACACUUAAGGCUGCCUAA